AUGUCAUUGUUAUCUCGCUCUCCCUUCGACCCUUUGAAUGUUGAGAACCUUCUCACUGAGGAGGAAAUUGCGAUUCGGUCAGAAAACCUUCUGCCUCGCGUCUUGGAAGGAUGGCAAUUCAAUCCGAAGAUCCUACCUGAAAUGGGAAAGCUUGGGCUUCUAGGCUCUACAAUUCAAGGUUAUGGAUGUGCUGGAACGAGUGACGUUGCGUAUGGACUCAUCGCACGAGAAAUUGAACGAGUAGAUUCUGGGUACCGCUCAAUAGCGUCUGUCCAGUCUUCUCUUGUCAUGCAUCCUAUCAACGAGUUUGGGACGGAUGCUCAAAAGGAGAAGUACAUACCUCGUCUUGCCAAGGGUGAAAUUGUUGGCGCUUUUGGGCUCACCGAACCCAAUCAUGGGUCGGAUCCGGCGAACAUGGAAACUACAGCCGAGGAAGUAGAAGGGGGAUUCAUCAUCAACGGAAGCAAGACAUGGAUUUCUAAUGCACCUGUCGCCGAUGUGUUCAUAAUUUGGGCCAACUGCAAGUGGGACCAAAAGAUCCGUGGAUUUAUCCUUGAAAAGGGAAUGAAAGGACUCGACACGCAGGCAAUCAAGAAUAAAGUAGCGUUACGAGCUUCUCUCACAGGAUCAAUCUUCAUGGACUCUGUCCGCGUGUCCCACGAUGCACUUACACUAAUGUAUCCAACGAUCAGGUAUGGUAUCUCGUGGGGAGUCAUGGGCGCUCUGGAGGAUUGUGUCAACCGGACGAGAGCGUAUGCGCUGGAACGGCAUCAAUUUCAGCGUCCGUUGGCUUCAUUCCAGCUCGUUCAGAAGAAACUAGUUGAUGCCCAGACGGAGGUGACCUUGGGACUCCUAGCCAGUUUGCAAGUCGGCCGACUCAAGGAGGCCGGACAAUAUUCACCUGAGAUGAUAAGUAUGAUCAAGAGGAACAAUUGUGGGAAAGCUUUGCAACACUCGAGGAUUGUGCUGGAUAUUUUGGGCGGAAAUGCCUGUGCUGACGAAUAUCAUGUUGGAAGACACGUUGCCAAUCUGCAAGUCACUAAUACAUAUGAAGGUAAAAUGUGCUAUCCUCUUUCACUAAGCUACGACAUCCACACUCUGAUACUUGGGAAAGCGAUGACUGGUAUACAAGCAUUUUUCUAA